GAUUGGUUACUCGACCAGGAAGAGCGUCUGUUUGAACACUUUAAACCACGUUAUUGGUGCGUUCGGAGACUUUUCAAUUCCAAACGGCUGAAGCCCAGAAAAAGCUGGUGAGGGUUUUUCCAAAAGCAAAUCCAGACAGGUCUACAACUGAAUGUCUGCGUGAAAGAGAUUGUAAUUUUAAAAAACAGCCUUUUAUUGUGAGGAUGAGUCUUUCUGAAGUGAAUGAUGAGAACUGCGGGGUCUUCCCAGGUGGGAAACUUAACAGCUUGAAUCAAGACAUUUUUGCUCUUGAUCAACCUACUGGGAGACCUUCUAUCCUGCGUCAGACGGAGAACCUGCCCAACAAGGGUCUGCCAAAGGGGAUAAAGGUUUGUUUUCAGACCCCACGAAGAGACCCGUUAACCAAAAGAAUUCUGUCCCCCAACAAAUGUGCCACUAUCUCAAACGUGGAUGAGUUCUUAAAUGUGGAUACGUCAGAUACUUUAUCAAUGGAACGUGCUUUGCAGCCACCACAAGACCUGUCAUCCUAUCCUGAUGAUGACAUGCCCAUUCAGUGCAAAGGCGGCUACCAGUUGGAUUAUGACAACCUAGAUGCGAUUAAUCCGUUUCAGGGGUCUAACAUGAUCCUCCUCUCCCCUGCGAAGCCUGUUGUGGACCAUCCACCCGAGAAUAUCCAAGAGGAGCCAAAUGUUGAAGAUCUGAGACAAGAUGACACACUUCCUUUCAUACCAUCCGUGGAUAACUCCCUUGCUGAUGUCAACAUCAGCUCCACAGACAGCAGUGUGGUCAUCGUGACUAUGAACGAGACGGUUGAAGGGCAGGAUGCCUGCGCGGCCUCAUUUGAUGAAGAUCGAGCUGCUAACGUGCCUGCAAACUCUGAUCUGAACAAACCCGGGAACACUUUUGAAGAGGACGCUCCACUUCCAGCCAAAGGUUCUUAUAAUUUCGAUUUUGAAAACCUUGAUGCUAUCAACCCUUUUCAGAUUGGGGGUUCUAAGAUUCAGAAUUCACCUGUUCUUGGGAGAAAGGUGCCAGAUGAUGGCGCACCUGCAGAAACAAACAAACCUGCAGCAGUGGUUUGUGUAGUGGAGGUUCCCCAGGAGGCGGCUGUCCACCCUGAGGCAAAACCCAUAGCUGCAGUGGCUCCUGUAUCGGCUAGUACAGCCAAGCCAUCGCUACUUGCACCUGAGCCGGUCAGUGCUCUAGUCAAAGAAGGAGCAGUCAAACUGGAGUUUAGUUUUGGUGAUGGCAGCGAGGUUAAACCAAAGCCUCCAAAGAAGUUUAGCAAAAGACCUUCUGGUGUCAAACCUAAAGAGAAAAAGCAAGCCGCUCACCCCAAACCAGUGAUUGAAGCUCCUCCAACAGCCGAUGCUGUCGAUGCUUCAGCUCCUAAAGGUCCUUACUCAUUCGACUUUGAAAAGUUUGAUCAUCCAAACUUCAAUCCUUUCGGUACAAAAACAAAUGUUAGCAAUUCAUCCGAGAGCAGUGAGAAAAUGAGUCCUGUGCUCAGAGAAACGUCUCCAGAACAAACAAGCAAUCCAGAGGAAAACAAGUCUCUAGCAUCAGAGAGUGCUGCAGAAGCUUUGCCAUCCUCUGAACCUUGUCCCGAAGCGAUUCCUGAAAGUGAAAGUGAGCAGCGUGCUCCGCAGGUUUCCGAGCUGACUCCACCUGCGCAGACACCUCAAACAAACAUGUCAGACUUUAAUGAUGAGUUUGUCCCUGGAUCCAUGUUCUUGGCCAGUGACUUUGAUGGGCAGAUCGACUAUCUUGAACAGUUUGGAUCCAGCAAUUUUAAGGAGUCUGCGCUCAGGAAGCAGUCUUUGUACCUAAAGUUUGAUCCUUUAUUGAGAGAGAGUCCAAAGAAGCAUGCAGGUCCUACUGCCUCCAUGCAUGUUCCACCCCCUUCUGCCUUUGCCUCACGGCUUGAAAGUCAGUCGGCUAGAAAAGAGCUGGUAACGGUCCUUCCAAACGAUGACUGUAAACUGCUGGAGGAUGCUGCAGCAUUAACUCCUGUCCUUGAGAGCAUCAUCCCUCCUUUCCCGCAGCCCGCAAACACAGAAGACGCCAUCAUCGAAGUUUUGAAGUACAGUCAGAAGGACAUGGACGCGGCUAUUGCCAAAGUGCAGGCAGAGGCAAAAGAAAAAGAGCAGCACUGGAGUGACAAGUAUGACAAGCUCCAAAAUGAUGGUCAACAAAUGAGGAAGAUGAUCAUUGAAUUCGAACUCGCCAUCGCAAAAACGAUGGCUGAUCACGAGAAAGAGAGGGAAGAGGCACGAGAAAACCUCAAAAAGGCCCUGCAGGAGAAAGAGCAAGUUUCCAGUGAGCUGAAUACCAUAGAAAAAUCUUUUGCUGAGCUUUUUAAGAGACUGGAGAAGUACAAGGAAAUGGUAGAGGGUUACAAAAAGAAUGAAGAGAUACUGAAGACUCGUGCACAGGAUUACCAGGAAAGAAUCAAAAAGGAGGAGCAGCGCUACCAGAUCCUCAAAGCUCAUGCUGAGGGGAAAAUUGGCCAAGCAAAUGAAGAAAUUGCUGAGGUUCGAUCUAAAUACAAGGCAGAGUUCUCAGCUCUUCAGGCACAGCUACGCCGGGAGCAGCUGAAGGUUCAGUCCGUGGAGAAACGUCUGGAUCAGAAAGAAAAGGAGGCCCAGGAGCUCACCAAACUCUGUGAUGACCUGAUCUCUAAAGUUCAGAAGGGCUGAGCUUGUUUGUAAAUACUGUAUUUUUGUGUCCAUAUCAUUUUUUUGUGUAGUGUUUUUCUGUUUAUCAGUGUUCUGAUGAUACUGUUUAACAAAAAGAAAAUAAAGAUAAUUUUACAAGUUUUAC